GGCUGCACCCAUGAAAAUGUAAACAAAUGAAUUAACCUACAAAGUUCAUUUAUUCCCGUUUUAGAUAUCUUUAUAUCACUGUCAGUCAUGAACGCUAUGGUUAAUCGAUGCAUUUUAAGAUUGUGCAAAAUGUCAGUCAGUUAAACCUGUAUGUAGCAACAUGUUACCAAUCAGAACAAUGAAAAUAUAUACCAAAACAGGAGACAAAGGCACAUCAGCAACAUUUACUGGUGAAAGAAGACCAAAAGAUGAUAUUAUAUUUCAAUCAUUAGGGGCUACAGAUGAAUUAUCUUCAGCUUUAGGUUUAGCGGCUGAGUUUGUAAGAGAAGCUGAUUUACCUCUAGUUGAUCAACUUGAACAGAUACAGUGUAUAUUACAAGAUGUUGGAUCUAAUAUAGCUACACCAUAUAGUUCAGCUCGACAGUCUCAUAUAAGGAAAACAUCAUUUAGUAGUGAUUAUGUUAUAAAGUUGGAAGAAUGGAUUGAUGAGAUGACAGCUGAAUUACCUCCCCUCACCAAAUUUAUAUUACCAUCUGGUGGUAAAUCAGCAUCCACAUUACAUUUAGCUAGAUCAAUUUGUAGACGGGCUGAAAGGAGUAUAACUCCAUUAACAAGAGAUGAUGAGAUAGAUCCAGAGGUUCAAAAAUUUAUUAACAGAUUAAGUGACUAUUUAUUUACUGUAGCAAGAUUUGCUGCUAUGAAAGAAGGAAGAGAAGAAAGAAUAUAUCAUAGAGUAGAACAACUAACUAAUAGUUAAGGAUAUAAACAACCCAUAACAUGUGUAUAGACAAUUUUAAUUUACCAAAAUAGACAAUUAGACUUUUCUGGAUUCAGAAUAUUCCUGAUAAGAUCACUAUGGAGACCAGAGGCUCAACCUUUCCUACAUUUUUUCUCAGGGGGUGGGGCCUAUGGACUAAAUUCAACUAAUCCCUGUGAUAGUUGAUCCAUUGAUGGAUACUCAAGUAUGUAACUGUACGAAAUAAGGAAUAACAGGAAUAAAGAACAAUAAUCAGUAA